AUGGAAGAUGCAGAACCGCUCUCCGUCGAGAGCUUUUCGUACGCUUGGUUAGUGCCAUCUCUCGAUAGCCCAAAUAGCUCCUUUAGACUCUCGUUUGACGGUGCUUCUUUCAUUGAGAUGGAUCCUAAUCUUACGCCCUCCAAAAGAUUUCUCGUCCAUCAAGAUUUUGAUUUCAACAUACCAAAAUCGCAACCCCCUAUGACGAAUCUUGUCCAUGCCGAUAAGCUCAUCUCAAAUGGCAUCCUGCUUCCUUUGGAACCAUCCAUUAAUAUUCCUGUUUCACCUCUCCCUUCGGCCACUCGAGAGGAAGGGCGUUUACGUAAAAGCCGGUCCAUGUCAUUACGCAAGUGUAGUAGAUUACACAAAACAAUCAUUCAAAAGUAUAUGGAUUUGGUUAGGCCGCUUUGGUGUCGAAUGAGACGCGGUAGGUCGGAUAGCAAUAGAGUACAAGGAGUGGAGAGUUCUAAUAAGACAAGUGGAGUUGGAGUCAUGUGUUGGGGUGGAAGAUAUUGUGAUUCUGAGACCGCAAUUCAUGAGGCAGUUGUACAUUGCAAGAAAACCAUUGGCAUGAAUUAG